GAUUUCCUAGCCCCGUUACCAAAUGAAAAAGCAACGCAAGGGCUUCUAAGAAGCCAUCCCAAUGACCUUUUGACUUUGAGAAGAGCAGUUUUCACAGCAGAGGGUUUGGGGUUUUGGCCUCUUUCAGCAGUUUAUUCAUUCUUACUUGGGAAAGUUGUAUUCUGAGGUUUCUGUGGUGCAUGAAGCUUUUGCCUUCACCAUCUGUUCCUGUGUCUUCCCUGGGUGACAUCAGAGUACAGCAGAAAUUUCCCUUGCCAUCUAAUGGGGUUUUGGGCUGUUUGACUCAACCGUGCAUGUUCCUCAAUGCCAGGAGAAUAAUCCUACCCUAAGUCAGCUGAGCAGAAGCCAGGAUCUAACUGCAAACAAGAGACCCGGCUUGCCUAACGGCAUGGAAGAGACCAGUUUCAUUGCAGCUACCUGGGAAGAUGGUUGCUAAUUAGCCUGCAACAAAGAGUUCCUUGCUCAUCUAAAGAAGGUAAUCACUGUUCAGGUGAAGCUUUGUUCUAAGAAUAUUUGUUUCAUCUAGUUUAUGAGCCCAAAUGAUAUAGACUCUAAAUGUUAUAGCAGUGGUGAAAGACUGCUCGGUCAUGAGCACCGACAGUAACUCAUUGGCACGUGAAUUUCUGACUGAUGUCAACCGGCUUUGCAAUGCAGUGGUCCAGAGGGUGGAGGCCAGGGAGGAAGAAGAGGAGGAGACACACAUGGCAACCCUCGGACAGUACCUUGUCCGUGGUCGAGGAUUUCUAUUACUUACCAAGCUAAAUUCUAUCAUUGAUCAGGCAUUGACAUGUAGAGAAGAACUCCUGACUCUUCUUCUGUCUCUCCUUCCACUGGUAUGGAAGAUACCUGUCCAAGAAGAAAAGGCAACAGAUUUUAAUCUACCGCUCUCAGCUGAUAUAAUCCUGACCAAAGAAAAGAACUCAAGCUCACAAAGAUCCACUCAGGAAAAAUUACAUUUAGAAGGAAGUGCCCUGUCUAGUCAGGUUUCUGCAAAAGUAAAUGUUUUUCGAAAAAGCAGACGACAGCGUAAAAUUACCCAUCGCUAUUCUAUAAGAGAUGCAAGAAAGACACAGCUGUCCACCUCAGAUUCAGAAGCCAAUUCAGAUGAAAAAGGCAUAACAAUGAAUAAGCAUAGAAGGCCCCAUCUGCUGCAGCAUUUUGUAACAUCGUUUCCUAAAGAAGACCACCCUAAAGCUAAACUUGACCACUUAACAACCAAAGAAGAACAGACUCCUCCAGAUACUAUGGCUUUGGAAAAUUCCAGAGAGAUUAUUCCAAGACAGGAGUCAAACACUGACAUUUUAAGUGAGCCAGCUGCCUUGUCUGUUAUCAGUAACAUGAACAAUUCUCCGUUUGACUUAUGUCAUGUUUUGUUAUCUUUAUUAGAAAAAGUUUGUAAGUUUGACAUUACCUUGAAUCAUAAUUCUCCUUUAGCAGCCAGUGUAGUGCCCACACUAACUGAAUUCCUAGCAGGCUUUGGGGACUGCUGUAGUCUGAGUGACAACUUGGAGAGUCGAGUAGUUUCUGCAGGUUGGACUGAAGAACCAGUGGCUUUGAUUCAAAGGAUGCUCUUUCGAACAGUGUUGCAUCUUCUGUCAGUAGAUGUUAGUACUGCAGAGAUGAUGCCAGAAAAUCUUAGGAAAAAUUUAACUGAAUUGCUUAGAGCAGCUUUAAAAAUUAGAACAUGCCUAGAAAAGCAGCCUGACCCUUUUGCACCAAGACAAAAGAAAACACUGCAGGAGGUUCAGGAAGAUUUUGUGUUUUCAAAGUAUCGUCAUAGAGCCCUUCUUUUACCUGAGCUUUUGGAAGGAGUUCUUCGGAUUCUGAUCUGUUGUCUUCAGAGUGCAGCUUCAAAUCCCUUCUACUUCAGUCAAGCUGUGGAUUUGGUUCAAGAAUUCAUUCAGCAUCAUGGAUUUAAUUUAUUUGAAACAGCAGUUCUUCAAAUGGAAUGGCUGGUUUUAAGAGAUGGAGUUCCUCCUGAGGCCUCAGAGCAUUUGAAAGCCCUAAUAAAUAGUGUGAUGAAAAUAAUGAGCACUGUCAAAAAGGUGAAAUCAGAGCAGCUUCAUCAUUCGAUGUGUACAAGAAAAAGGCACAGACGAUGUGAAUAUUCUCAUUUUAUGCAUCAUCACCGAGAUCUCUCAGGUCUUCUGGUUUCAGCUUUUAAAAACCAGGUUUCCAAAAACCCAUUUGAAGAGACUGCAGAUGGAGAUGUUUAUUAUCCUGAGCGGUGCUGUUGCAUUGCGGUGUGUGCCCAUCAGUGCUUGCGCUUACUACAGCAGGCUUCCUUGAGCAGCACUUGUGUCCAGAUCCUCUCGGGUGUUCAUAACAUUGGAAUAUGCUGUUGUAUGGAUCCCAAAUCUGUAAUCAUUCCUUUGCUCCAUGCUUUUAAGUUGCCAGCACUGAAAAAUUUUCAGCAGCAUAUAUUGAAUAUCCUUAACAAACUUAUUUUGGAUCAGUUAGGAGGAGCAGAGAUAUCACCAAAAAUUAAAAAAGCAGCUUGUAAUAUUUGCACUGUUGACUCUGACCAACUAGCCCAAUUAGAAGAGACACUGCAGGGAAACUUACGUGAUGCUGAACCCUCCUCAAGUUCAUCCACUCCUUCUUAUAGAUUUCAAGGGAUCCUGCCUAGCAGUGGAUCUGAAGAUUUGUUGUGGAAAUGGGAUGCUUUAAAGGCUUAUCAGAACUUUGUUUUUGAAGAAGACAGAUUACAUAGUAUACAGAUUGCAAAUCACAUUUGCAGUUUAAUCCAGAAAGGCAAUAUAGUUGUUCAGUGGAAGCUAUAUAAUUACAUAUUUAAUCCUGUGCUCCAAAGAGGAGUUGAAUUAGCACAUCAUUGUCAACACCUAAGCAUUACUUCAGCUCAGAGUCAUGUAUGUAGUCGUCGUAACCAGUGCUUGCCUCAGGACGUGCUUCAGAUUUAUGUAAAAACUCUGCCUAUCCUGCUUAAAUCCAGGGUAAUAAGAGAUUUGUUUUUGAGUUGUAAUGGAGUAAAUCAAAUAAUCGAAUUAAAUUACUUAAAUGGUAUUCGAAGUCAUUCUCUAAAAGCAUUUGAAACUCUGAUAAUCAGCCUAGAGGAGCAACAGAAAGAUGCCUCAGUUCCAGGUAUUGAUGGGAUAGACAAUGAACAGAAGGAGUUGUCCUCUGUACAUGUAGGUACUUCUUUUCAUCAUCAGCAAGCUUAUUCAGAUUCUCCUCAGAGUCUCAGCAGAUUUUAUGCUGGCCUCAAAGAAGCUUAUCCAAAGAGGCGGAAGACUGUUAACCAGGAUGUUCAUAUCAACACAAUAAACCUAUUCCUCUGUGUGGCAUUUUUAUGCAUAAGUAAAGAAGCAGAGUCUGAUAGGGAGUUGGCCAAUGACUCAGAAGAUACUUCUGGCUAUGACAGCACAGCCAGCGAGCCUUUAAGUCAUAUGCUGCCAUGUUUAUCUCUCGAGAGCCUUGCCUUGCCUUCUCCUGAACAUAUGCACCAAGCAGCAGACAUUUGGUCUAUGUGUCGUUGGAUCUACAUGUUGAGUUCAGUCUUCCAGAAACAGUUUUAUAGGUUUGGUGGUUUCCAAGUAUGCCAUAAGUUAAUAUUUAUGAUAAUACAGAAACUGUUCAGAAGUCACAAAGAGGAGCAAGGAGAAAAGGAGGGAGAUACAACUGUAAAUGAAAACCAGGAUUUAAACAGAAUUUCUCAACCUGAGAUAACUAUGAAGGAAGAUUUAUUAUCUUUGACUAUAAAAAGUGACCCCAUACCAUCAGAACUAGGUAGUCUAAAAAAGAGUGCUGACAGUUUAGGUAAAUUAGAGUUACAGCAUAUUUCUUCCAUGAAUGUGGAACAAAUUUCAGCUAGUGAAGCUGCUCCCGAGGAAGCAAAGAUAUUUACAAGUCAAGAAAGUGAGACCUCACUUCAGAGUAUACGACUUUUGGAAGCCCUUCUGGCCAUUUGUCUUCAUGGUGCCAGAACUAGUCAACAGAAGAUGGAAUUGGAGUUACCUAAUCAGAACUUGUCUGUGGAAAAUAUAUUAUUUGAAAUGAGGGACCAUCUUUCCCAGUCAAAGGUGAUUGAAACACAACUAGCAAAGCCUUUAUUUGAUGCCCUGCUUCGAGUUGCCCUUGGGAAUUAUUCAGCAGAUUUUGAACAUAGUGAUGCUGUGACUGAGAAGAGUCGUCAAUCUGCAGAAGAAUUGUCAUCCCAGCCUGGUGAUUUUUCAGAAGAAGCUGAGGAUUCUCAGUGUUGUAGUUUUAAGCUUUUAGUUGAAGAAGAAGGUUAUGAAGCAGAUAGUGAAAGCAAUCCUGAAGAUGGCAAAACCCAAGAUGAUGGGGUAGACUUAAAGUCUGAAACAGAAGGUUUCAGUGCAUCAAGAAGUCCAAAUGACUUACUCGAAAACCUCACUCAAGGGGAAAUAAUAUAUCCUGAGAUUUGUAUGCUGGAAUUAAAUUUGCUUUCUGCUAGUAAAGCCAAACUUGAUGUGCUUGCCCAUGUAUUUGAGAGUUUUUUGAGAAUUAUUAGGCAGAAAGAAAAGAAUAUUUUUCUGCUCAUGCAACAGGGAACUGUGAAAAAUCUUUUAGGAGGGUUCUUGGGUAUUUUAACACAGGCCGAUUCUGAUUUUCAAGCAUGCCAGAAAGUAUUGGUGGAUCUUUUGGUAUCUUUGAUGAGUUCAAGAACAUGUUCAGAAGAGCUAACCCUUCUUUUGAGAAUAUUUCUGGAGAAAUCUCCUUGCACA